AUGCGGAUAUGGAGUCCUAUUCUCUUAAAUGUUAAAACUCAAGUCUACAAUCCGAACCGGUCAAUCGAACCGUCCAAGCAGCGACCAACCAAUCCCCCAGCUGAUGCGGAAGCAUUUAGUUCGGUUCUUUUAGUCUUUCGGAAGCAAAACAUCAACAUGUCAUCCACUGGAAUUGCUGUGGGUUUGAACAAGGGGUUUCCUGUAAACAAGAAGCAGGUGGCUCCUCGCCCCGCUUCCCGCAAGGGCCGCGCCGGCAAGAAGACGAAACUCGUGCGUGAUAUUGUACGUGAAGUGGUCGGAUUGAUGCCAUACGAAAAACGUAUUCUCGACAUGAUCAAGAGCGGUGGUUCAUCUGCAGAGAAACGUAUUUACAAGUUUUCUAAGAAACGCCUUGGCACGCACCGCCGUGCUCUACAGAAGCGUGAAGAAAUGAAAGCUUACUACGCUGCUCUUCGUGCCAAGGCCGCUCACCACGCUUAA